AACCGCCUCGAACAAACUCACCGAUCAAUCUCCGGGAAGCAAGCUAGCCGAUCGAGAGAAUGGCGCCGGCGGCCGUGAAGGUGUACGGGUGGGCGAUGUCGCCGUUCGUUGCCCGCGCGCUGCUGUGCCUGGAGGAGGCCGGCGUCGAGUACGAGCUCGUCCCCAUGAGCCGCCAGGCCGGCGACCACCUCCAGCCGGACUUCCUCGCCAGGAACCCGUUCGCCCAGGUGCCCGUCCUCGAGGACGGCGACCUCACACUCUUCGAGUCGCGCGCGAUCGCGAGGCACGUGCUGCGCAAGCACAAGCCGGAGCUGCUGGUCGGGGACGGCUCGCCGGAGGCGGCGGCGAUGGUGGACGUGUGGCUGGAGGUGGAGGCGCAUCAGCACCACGCCCCGACGGCCGCCAUCAUGGUGCAGUGCAUCCUCGCCCCGCUCCUCGGCGGCGCGCGCGACCAGGCCGUCAUCGACGAGAACGUCCCCAAGCUGAAGAAGGUGCUGGAGGUGUACGAGGCGCGGCUAUCGAAGUCGAGGUACCUCGCCGGGGAAUCGGUGAGCCUCGCCGACCUCAGCCACUUCCCGAUGCUGCGCUACUUCAUGGAGACCGAGUACAAGGCGCUGGUGGAGGAGCUCCCGCACGUGAAGGCGUGGUGGGAGGAGCUCAAGGUCAGGCCGGCGGCGAGGAAGGUUACCGAGUUCAUGCCGGUGGACUUUGGUCUGGGAAAGAAGGCAGAGCAGUGAUGGCAACAACCAAGACGACGGUCGGCGAGCGAGCAGUAGUCUCCGGUUUGUGCUGUGUAGAACCGGCGCCGGCCUGCACCUGUGUAUGGCUCCAUGUUUUCCUUUUGAUUUGCCAUACAGACCGAUUUUCAUUGUUGAAAACCAAGACAUGAAUGUAAAAAAAAAGAAAAACCACGACACUGUUCGACCCACCUCAACUCU